AAAAUAUUUUGGAAUGUCAUCGAUACCAGGAGCUGGACCUAAUGGGAAUCCCAUUGUGUUUAUGGAUAUCACUCUUGGCGGGCAACCGAUUGGGCGAAUGAAGUUUGAGUUGUUUGCGGAUACUUGUCCAAAAACCGCUGAAAACUUCCGACAAUUCUGUACCGGCGAAUCGAAGAGCCCGAAGACAGGCCGCCCCCAGGGCUACAAGAACUCCAUUUUCCACCGCGUGAUCAAAGACUUCAUGAUCCAAGGCGGCGACUUCCUCAACUCCGACGGCACGGGCUCGACAUCAAUCUAUUCCACCGGCUCCGGCUUUGCCGACGAGAACUUCAUUCACAAACACACCGGGCCCGGGUUGUUGUCUAUGGCCAAUAGUGGCCCCGAUACGAAUGGGUGUCAGUUUUUCCUCACGUGUAAGGAGACGCCGUUUUUGGAUGGGAAGCAUGUUGUGUUUGGGCGGUUGAUGGAGGGGGAUGAGGAAGGGAUGGGGGUGUUGAGGAAGAUCGAGAAUGUGAGCACGGGUGCGAAUAAUAAGCCAAGAAUUACGGUGCAGGUUGCGGAGUGUGGGGAGAUGUGA